AAUUUUUCGGCAUGAAAUGAACUGGGUGGCAACUCUGUAUAACGGCGCUGGCUUUGGCAUUUGUCUUGUUCUUGUUAUUCGGUUUGAAGAGAAAUUGAAAAAAAAAAAACAACAAAUUACGAAUUGGAAUUGCGAAUCGGCAUAGUUAGAUUUCCAUAGAGUAAGCUUCAAGUGUUGAAAAAAAGAAUAAAAAAUAGAAAAAUAGAAUACGAGAGUGGAGUUACGGCUCUCAACUUUUGUUUACAAUUCAAGAAGGAAGCAAGAUGAGCAAAGUCGCAGAUCAGCGCGAGCCUUGGCUAUUGCCAAAUUUUGAAUAUGGCAGCGGGGUAGCCGCGCUUCAUCAAGAGAUUGAGCAUUUCUACAACUACAUAAUAUCAACGCCCACGGAGUAUAUGAUGCGAGUGGAGGCUGUGCAUCGAAUUGAGCGUGUUGUACUUAGCAUUUGGCCCGAUGCCUGCAUUGAAGUCUUCGGCUCUUUUCGCACCGGUUUAAAUCUUCCCAUAUCCGAUAUCGAUAUUGCAGUUAACAAUUUUUAUUGGCAAGGCGCGCCGUUGCUUGAGCUAAAAAAUGCGCUGAUCGCGCGAGGAGUAGCGGAUAACGUCAAUGUCCUGGACAAGGCCUCGGUGCCGGUUGUUAAGUUUACGGAGCUGAUAUCACAAAUAAAGUUUGAUAUUUCAUUCAAUACGACGUCGGGCGUAAAGGCGGCAGAACUUGUGCAGCGGUUUAUAGAGCAGUAUCCAGAGCUGCCCAAACUGGUCAUAGUGCUGAAACAAUAUCUACUACUGCAAGGUUUAAAUGAGGUAUACAGCUCGGGCGGUAUUUCAUCAUAUGCCGUCACACUCAUGUGCAUCAGCUUCCUGCAGCAACAGUCGUUAAACGAGACUAAGAUCUGCAAGAAUGACAACAAAUUGGGAAAGCUAUUGCUUAAGUUCCUGGACUUUUAUGGACGCAAGUUUGACUACUUUAAGUAUGGAAUCUCAGUGCGUGGUAGCGGGGGCAGCGUGGAGAAGUGUGUUCUACAAAGUACAUUCGGUGAUUACAACUGGUUGUCGGUGCUGACCAUUGAGGAUCCCAUUACGCCGACCAAUGAUAUUGGACGCAGCUCGUUUGGAGCACUGGAUGUGAAGCAAGGCUUUGAAAUAGCCUUUUUAAAAUUAUCAAAGCUGGUUGACCUGGACUCCUCAAAAACAAGUGGGUCAAUUCUGGCCAGCAUAGUCAAUCUUCCACAAUCUGUGAUAAGCUAUCGAAAUUGGGUGCACUAUAAAUUUAGACAUUUGGCCAGCAUCAGUGCGCAGCCCAUAAAUGGAAUAGAGCGAUAUUUUGACAUUGCCGUCAAAUUACGAUUAAAUGCGACCACUUCGGAAGAUGAACAGGAGAAUAAAAAGGAGAUUGGUAGCAAUCUCAAUGGCAUGCCUUUGACCCACAAUGGCUGUCAAUACAAAGGCCUGGGAUGUUAGUUUUAAGAUAUUUACAAUUAUUUCCAAAUA